AUGGAAGACGAAAGCUACACAGCAGUCGAAGCACCAGUACCAGUGAGGAGGACGAGAGGUUUCAAGGCGAAAGAGGCAGCAAUGUACCGACGAAAAUGGUUACCACAUGAUGAGGACGUUCAAUCCGGUAGUGAUCGGCCAAUUAAGCAACAACGUGACCGCAAGAAAAUUGGCGACAAUUAUUCAAAGCAUUUAACAUCGAAAACAGGAAUUAAGAGUCGAAGCGAUUCAUCUGAUUCCACGUCGAGCUCGGACAAAUCAACAGAGUCGAAUGAUAGCGGUCAGCAGAGUGGAAUCAAUCUUGCAAAAUCGGCAUCCGAGAAUCCACUGAGACGAUUCUACUGUCAGAAGCCUAAACCAAAUCCACCUCUGGAGCAUGUUUUGGGGUUGCGUUCAGUGAAAAGCACAUCUGAUAAACGUCGUGAACUCGGCUCUUCGGUUGCAUUCAAAUGGCCGUUGAGAUCUAAAAAUGCGAAAAACACUAAAAGGGCAAUGAAAACUGCAAGAGGCAAGAAUAGACAACAAUCCAGAUCAUGCGAAGAAGGUGUUCGACAGUAUCUUACUGAUCUACUCAUUGUUGAUUCUGGAUCAGAGCGACGUUCGUAUCGCAUCAAAGAGGGGGUAGGCAACAAUCGCGGAGCCGUAAAGCAAAUCCGCUCAGCAUCGUCAACGUCACCGGGUCUGACAACGCCCAGCGUUGAUCGACAACGUGCAAAUCAGAAUUAUGGCGGCGAUAAAAAGAAACGUUUAAAAGUGCUCCCGAUGAGAAAAACGAAGUCUUAUCCAGAACGGCAACACCAGCGUACUGCUAUGAAAGCAACUCGAAAAUCGCAGUUAUCAGCUGAGAAUCAAGAUCCCCAAAAUGAGGCUCUCAAAAAGCACCAUCACCGAAUCCGAGUUGAUUCCGAUGAAAUGCAUCAUCGACCGCGCAAACUCUACCCGCAAACCAUUUUGAAAAGUCGUCAAGGAAAUCAAGCGGAUUUUGGAAGAAAUGAUCAACGUUGUCAAAGUGAGCCAUCAGAAUCUCAAACUGCAGACGACAGCCCAAUUAGUCCAAAUCAACGUGAAAAGGAUCUACGCAAGUCAACGUCUUCACCUGAUCGUCAACGUGAAGAGCCCGCACGACCUUCUUUGUGGAAUGCAUUAACUGGAUUGGUCGGUUCACUCGCUGGUUAUGCAGGAGGCCCUCAGCAACUGUUGCAGAAAAUAGGUGGAAAUACAGAUCGUCGAAAAACGAAAUCAGGCAAUUUGCAACGUGUCAGUAUUCGAAAUCGGCAUCGAUCCAGCAAUAUGCACCAACGACAUGGACAUAAUGCUGCGAGACGGCAUUCAAGAAACAAUCGUAAACAUCACAUUAGCACCACAAAACGAACUAACGAUGAUGCAGCACUACGAAUAAAGCUAAGUUCGAGAUCAACGUCACGUAAAAUGCAUAAGACGAAACCUGUCAAUCCAGCCACCAACAGCCAGAAAACUUUUAAUCGUCACACAGGUCAUCACCAUCAACAUCGCUCGAAAUACCGAUCCGCAACUGAUUAA